AUGAAUCCUCUACCUGAAGAUCACAAAUUCACUCAUCCAGAGCUGAAUUAUGAGGCCGAGCCAAACUUCCAACCAGUCAUCAAAGUUUCAGUCUUUUUCCGCAAGAAGGAUGGAAUUUCGCACGAAGAUUUCUUUACGCAUUGGCAGACUGUUCAUGCAGAUUUGGCUGUCGCUACUGAGGCCUUCCAGCACAAUAUUCUCCGAUAUGUUCAGCACCAUCAAACCCCUGAGAUGAAGGCACGCAUGACAGGCAUCGGUGAAAGUGUCCUGGAUUACGAUGCAUGUGCCCAGCUAUGGGUACGAAACUGGGAUGGCUGGUUGGGAUUUUGUCAAAGCCCCGAAUAUUUGGCCGCGUUAAGUGAUGAUUGCGAACGUUUCAUGGCCUUGCCAAUGACCUAUAUGAUUGGCUAUGAAAAUUUGGUUGUGGGUGAUGCUGCUCAAACCCUUGGUGGCAAGAGUGGGUUGUCAACGAAAGUGACUCAGUGA